AUGCGAGCUUCAAAGCUUUCGCAAGACACCACCAGGAUCUUCAAUGCAUUAUCUGGGAAUGCUCGUAUCGGCUCGAGGAGGACGACCAGAAGUUCGAAAAGGAUAUCGACGUUCGCCCUCGGCCACGAUGGCACGGUUGAGGUGAACGAGGAAGAUGCAGAUCUGUUAGACACCCCAUCAAGCACUGCGGGGGACAUCGAAGACGGCCUGAACACACCUCCUCCUUCGAAUCGCAAGCGGAAACGAGGGAGUGAGUCGCCACCGUCGACACCAAUAGUCAAGGUCAGCAAGAUUACGACGAUCAAGACAGAACUUAGUCCGCCAUCACUUGAGGCUAUACCGGCGGCAGACACGCCACGGCAGAAAGCCAAGCCAAAGAUACCCGCAAAGCGGAAGUUACAGGAUGAUGGCACAUACGCUUAUACAGCGCCAUCGAACUGGUCUGAGAUCUACUCUAUCGUCAAAGCCCAGCGAGAGCGGAAUCCUACAGCACCAGUGGACACUAUGGGAUGCGAAGACCUGUACUGGACGUCUUCACCUCCAGCGCAGAAGCGCUAUCACACCCUGGUAGCCCUUAUGCUAUCAUCACAGACCAAGGACACGGUCACGGCGGCCGCGAUGCAGCGUCUGCACACGGAGCUGAACCCAGUUGCGCCAUUCACAGAAGCUGGUCUGCCGAGAAAUUCCUCACUAACCGUAGAGAACAUAAUCGCGGCCACGCCACAACAUCUCGACAGCCUCAUCUCGAAGGUCGGCUUUCACAAUAACAAGACACGCUUCCUCAAACUUACUGCCGAAACGCUCAGGGACCAAUUUGACUCAGAUGUCCCCGACACACUCGAGGGCCUGGUCUCGCUGCCCGGAGUCGGGCCAAAGAUGGCGUUCCUCUGCCUAUCCGGAGCCUGGGGAAAGGACAUUGGCAUCGGAGUGGACGUCCAUGUCCAUCGUAUCACCAACCUUUGGGGUUGGCACAAUACGAAGUCACCCGAGGAGACUCGCAUGUGGCUCGAAGGCUGGCUACCGAAGGACAAAUGGCACGAGAUCAACAAGAUGCUGGUUGGGCUGGGCCAGUUGACGUGUCUACCUAUCGGUAGGCGUUGCGGCGAGUGUGACCUGCAAGGAACCGGUCUCUGCAAGAGCGAAGUACGCGGCUGGAAGCCAAGUCCGAGGAAGCUCAAAGUAAAGAUCGAGAGCGAGGAAAAGAAAAUGGUUGUGAAGUACGAGAACAUGGGCGGCGACAGAGGCUGA